AUGGAGGAGAAUCUACAACGAGCCGACGCCCUCGAGAAGCAUCAAGCAGAAAUGGAGGCCUACAAAGCGAAAUAUGGACCGCAGCCCACAGCUGAAGCGGAAGAUGACAGAGAUGAAUCUAAUGGGGAGGAGGGGAGUGGCUCAGGAGCUAGUGACAAAAGUAGUCCGAAAGACAGCAAAGAGGUUCCGCCGCCUCCUCCAAUAGCCCCUCCGGAACUACUUAAGCUGAAAACAGGCAUUGUUCUUGUGCACCAGCCCCCAACGCAAGAGUUUUUACGAAAGCUGGCAAAAUUGGGAAUUCAGUUUGAACACAUCGUCCAUUUAACCAACAACCCAGAAGACAUAGAGGAGGCAGAGGCUGCAGGGGCCACUGAAUUUGCUUUCACGGACUCGGAAGUUGUCUUUGAAGAGGAUAUUCAGAAGUCAGAGAUGGAACCAAACGAGAAGGAACAAGAGAAAGAAAUAGAUGGGGCGCUUGUUCUUGACUUAGACGUUGAGCCCACGAAAAUCGAGACUUCUUUGACGGACUUACUAAAGCAUUACCGAAUUCGGCAGCUUAUGGACCCCUUCUUCGUAAGACCGGACCCUCAAGAAUGGGUUGUAGCACCUCCGAAUCUUGAGGAAGUUUAUGAUCGCAUUGAGCAAAUCACGUCUUUUGAUGGUCCACCCGAGGGUGAAGAAUGGGAAAAUGCUUCAAAAGAUUUUCCUUUCCUCCCUCCACUCCCUUUGGUUCUGUUCGGGGAUGUGGGCGGCUACUGCCCUGUAACGCUACGCGAUGAGCAGUGGCUACUGCCGGGGAAGCCGCGGCUGAGCUUGCAGGUUCGGCAGCGCGUGUACAGGCUUUUCGACGAAGAGAAGAAGUACAAGUUUGCAGCGAACACACGGCGCUAUCUGCCUUCUCUGGACAAGUGCACCGACGUCAACGAGACCAGAACUCUUAAAGUGCCACCUCCACGCAUCGCUUUCUUUGGCACACUUGGGUCGGAGGUGGAGAAACGCGUGCUCCAGCUCAGCGAUGAAUACGCUGUGCCAGUUUUGGAUUUGCCAGAGGCAUUUUCUCUGGCUUUAAGAGAGCAACUGCUGACGCACUUAAGACAGGAGAAAAGAGAUGAGCUAGAAGAGACCCUCGACGAAGCGACCACAGAGGAGCUGGAAAACUUUGAAGAGGACACAAGCACCGCAGUGUGGCAGCUGCUGACUCUUAACAAAACCAAUUUGGCUAAAGCGCCAGUUGAAGCCUUCAGGCAAAGCUGGCUCGAGCUGCCUCCAGAAAUCCAGCAAAAGAUUUGCAAAGAUGCACUUAAGAAGGUUCUCAACCCCUCAAUGGGACCUGCCUUUAUUCAGGCCGGAGUCUAUACGCACCCAUUUCUGGACGAAGAAGUGAAGGAGGAGGACAAUGGAGAGGAAGAUCAAACUUUCAAUAUAGGCGACGUCAUGGACAGGGCGGGGCGCCUUCCGGACUGUGCUGUGAUAUUUUUGUGCACGGACGAAACAGGACUAUCUCGUUGUGUGGACUUUGAGAAAAUAGAGAGAGAAGCGGAGGAGGCCAGGCGCCAGCAGGAACUCGAACGGAAGCAGAGACGAAGGGCCAGGCGAAAAAGAGCCAAGGAAGAGCCCGCGACAGAAGCCGAGAACGAUAGGGAGCCGCAGCCGAAGGGGGAUGAAGGGGAGGAGAAUGAAUCAGAGCCUUCCGCCUCGGAGAAGGCACGAGAAGCAUUUCUAAGAGAAAAAUCUGCACUAGAUGGCGCCCUACUGCAGUGCGCGAAGUCGUUGGCGAUGGCUGGAGUGCCAAUCCUCACCCUUCGGUCGGAGUUGUGCGAGGGUACACUUCUGGCGGCCACUUUCUGCCAACGCCUCCUGCGCUGUCGGGCAGCGCGGCUUUCCAAGUACCAUCUUUUCUCCCCAGUGGACGUCGACACCAUGAGACUAAAAAAUUUCGAGGAGUUUCCCGUUCUCUUCCGCGACCGAAUUUAUUUCCCCGCAGAUACGGAAGAGGGCCGCAAGUUCUUCUGCCAGUUUCCUUCCAAGUUCCUAAUAGGCACAAGUCCGCCUCCGAUUCGAUACGUUCCUGCAUGCAUCUUCUUGGGACCCCUAAACAGCAACCGAACUCAAGUGGCCAAGCAAAUAGCCGAGUGGUGUGGCGCUUUGUACGUCAGCCCUCUGCAGCUGCUACAGGAAGUUUCAUCGACAGCCGACCGUCCUUCGGCUCUCAACAAGCAAAUUAUUGGGGACAUGCAGCAAGGCAAGACAGUCGCACCCUGCUGCGCGUGCCGACUAAUUGUUGGGCGCCUUCGAUCGCAAGAGGCCAAACAAAAAGGCUUUUUACUGGACGGCGGCAGUUUGGAAUGUGUGCAGGUCCACCAGCUAAUGGAGCUUCUGCAUGCGGGGCCUCACGAGGUCCCCGAGCUUUCCCGCAAGCACCGCCUGGAACACUCAAGCCCCGACAGCUCGCGUUCUACAGAGGCGCCUAGAUCCCCUGCGGAUACUUACAGGGCAGCUCUGGACGUGCCUGGGGACAUGGACAGCCAGUCCGCUGAGAAUGGCGAGCCUCUGGAAACCUCCAAGCCUUUGGAAACAGCAGAGCCCCUCAACGAGGCGAUGGAGGGCGAAAGCCUGUCUCAGGAGGCGUCGUUACGUUCAAAUUCGCCCGUUCAAACUCCGGAGGCAGGCGAGAGCCAAGACUCUGAGGCUUCAAAUGAGGCUGGAGUCGUCAUUCCGCCGCUGCAGCUGGGGGAGCUGCGGCCCCCCACUUCAAAUGUGAAUGAGCAGUACCCCACGCCCGCAGACUCGAGCAGCGCCACAUCAUCCCCUGCAGCGCUGUCUGCAGCCCCAACACCCGCAGAGGAGAAGCCUGAAUCUGCCGGGCCCAAAGACGUGCACGAGUGCGUGCCCCAAGAGGAGGAGGAUUUUAGGAUAGAGGUCCCGCAGCUCCCUUCCCCCUUGAUCGACAUCGUGUUUGUGUUCGACCCUGAGCCUGAGGACUUAUUGACUCCAGACCAGCGAGUGCUUCAGGAAGAUACGCGCAAAACGCCCAGUUCGGGAGCUCUCACAGCGUGGAUGCGCUAUCCUUAUGGAGAUGACCGAGACAUAUUAAGAAAUCCCGAACUGGCUCGGGCGCGGAGGGCCUUUCAAGAUGAGGCCACAGAGCAGCAAGUGGAGGCAUUUCGCGCGUUGGGCGUUCGCAUUGUGAGAUUACCAGCAGGAAAGUCUCAGUGGUUGCAGUUUGACAUUGUGCAAAAAGAAAUUUGGGAAAUGCUACGGCGGCGUCACGGCUACGAACGGCUCAAACCUCAAGGCCGGCCUGUGCGUUGCACCGUAGAGCAAAGGACAGACGCCGCCAGCGAAGGCCCUCUCGCAGCGUACUGCCCAGUUUGCUGGACUGUUGACAACGCCCUGCGCGAGUGCAGCAAUGAAGACCUUCAAAUGGAGUUGAGGGGGGCCCGAUAUUACUGCUGCUCAUACGAGCACCUAGACCUGAUGCUGUCACAGCCCAAGCCCUACCUACAACGUCCACUGCCCGAUAAGUUGCCUCAGCGCCUUCACCUCGAGAACUCUGAGGACUGUCCUGCACUGGCCAUAAAGGGCUACUGCCCCGUCACAUUAGUGCGCAAAGGGGAGCUGAUACAGGGUGACCGGCGUUUGCUUGUUGGCUACGGCGAUGACACAUUCUGCUUUGCCACGGAAGAAGCCCUAGACGUGUUCAUGGUCUACCCGCAAGACUACAGCGAUCGAGCGGAACUGCCUGCCAGGCUUACCGGCAGCCAGAGGCUAGGGGUGCCCCAAAGGACCCUCGCUGGAAUCGCCCAGGAGGCCCACGAGCGCCGCGUGCAGCAGGCCCAAAUAAACGGGCAGCCACAGGACCCUCUUAUGGCCGAAGAAGGCCUCGCAGAGCUAAGAGACACACUUCAAGACGCCCUGACAUACAUUGAGAUAUCUGUAGUAGAUGUUCUCAUAGAGGCCUUGCUGUUCGCCGGAAAGAACAGACCGCUACACCCCCAGUGUAACAAGCUCUCCAGCGCUGUGCGCCUCGUGGCCCAUUUUCUAAGGGCCAAAAAUCCUCUCAUUUCAGGUUACGCUAAAAAAGAAGCUGAGGCUGCUCUACAAAAUUUUGUACAAGACUGCGAGACUCCCUUUGAAGCUCGCAAAGCCAUUCUUCGAAUGCAUUAUCACAAGGUCAAGGAAGGCUACCUCUACCUCCCCUCAGACAUUGUUGUAGAGGCCCAAAAGUCGGCAGACACAGCAGAGGGAUCCGAUCAGGAGUGGACUUAUCUCAGCGAGGAAAGGUAUUUCCGUGUUACCAGACGGCUAGAUAAGCUGUUGGGUAUAAACUAG